GCCACGUGGGCUUCGGGAGCACACCCGGCAAGGGUGGGCUCUGCCUGAAAUACAACCAGCGUCCGCGGACAGCGCUCCCUCCCUCCGGGUUCCCGCGGGGAGUCCCGCGGCCAAAGCCAGGGGACAGCCGGGAGCCUAGGCCGGCCGCACGCGGUCCUCCGCAAUCCCACGCUCCCUUGCGCCAAGGACACGUCCGACAGCUCCGCAGGGCCCUUCUACGCCACCGCGGCGCGUCUCUAUGGUGCGUUGCCGCGUAGAGAGCGGGUGUCAUGGCGGCCGGCGGCGAGUUGGCAGGAGUUGCCCACGGGACUGGGGGAAGUCACUAAAGCAGAGGAAGAAGUGGCCCGACUGGACAGUGGGAAGUCGCGGGAAUGAGCAGAGGCCCCGCGAGGGCGACUGUGUUACAGGAGGCGGGCCCCCGGUAAAGCCCCAGGCCAGGCCUCUGUGCAGAACUGGACGUUGGUGGGAGCCCCCGAAGCCGGCGUUGCCUAGGAACCCCUCAUUGUGCGGUCGAAUCCUGAGUGUUUAGAUUUCGGAGCGAAGGCAGCCGUUCGAAGACCUUUAGCGGGAUCGUCUGACGGCGCUGGACGCUUUUUUCCGGAGCGGACCCGGUCGUUCUCUUAACCCGCAGCGAUGUCGUCCUGGUUGGGGGGCCUCGGCUCCGGCCUGGGCCAUUCCCUGGGUCAGGUCGGGGGCAGCCUGGCUUCCCUCACUGGCCAGAUUUCAAACUUUACGAAGGAUAUGCUGAUGGAGGGCACGGAGGAAGUGGAAGCAGAAUUACCUAAUUCUAGGAGAAAGGAAAUUGAAGCCAUUCAUGCAAUCUUAAGAUCAGAGAAUGAAAGACUAAAGAAACUUUGUGCUGAUCUAGAAGAAAAGCAUGAAGCUUCAGAGAUUCAAAUAAAGCAUCAAUCUACAAGUUAUCGAAAUCAACUACAACAGAAAGAGGUAGAAAUCAGCCAUCUUAAAGCAAGACAGAUUGCACUACAGGAUCAAUUGCUGAAGCUGCAGUCUGCUGCUCAGUCUGUAAAUUCCGGAGCUGGCAGUGUACCAACAACCACUGCAUCAUCUUCAUUCAGUUAUGGUGUCAGUCAUCAUGCUGCAGCUUUCCAUGAUGAUGACAUGGACUUUGGUGACUUAAUUUCAUCACAACAAGAAAUAAACAGAUUGUCAAAUGAAAUUUCAAGACUUGAAUCAGAAGUUAUACAUUGGAGGCAUAUUGCUCAGGUUUCUAAAGCACAAGGAUCAAACAGCUCUGAUCAAAGUGAAAUCUGCAAAUUGCAAGAUAUCAUUAAAGAACUUAAACAGAACCGAAGUCAGGAAAUUGAUGAUCAUCAACAUGAAAUGUCAGUAUUACAGAAUGCACAUCAACAGAAAUUGGCAGAAAUAACUCGUCGGCAUCGAGAAGAAUUAAGUGAUUAUGAAGAACGAAUUGAAGAACUGGAAAAUCUGUUACAACAAGGUGGCUCAGGAACUGCGGUAAUUGAUCACUCUAAAAUCCAUGAGAUGCAGAGAACUAUUCAAGUUCUGCAAACUGAAAAAGUAGAGUCUACAAAAAAAAUCGAAGAACUUGAGGAUCAAAUAAAAGAUUUAAGUAGAAAAUUAUCUUCUUCAGAAAAUGACAGAGAAGUUUUGAGGAAGGAACAAGAACGACUAAAUGUGGAAAACAGGCAAAUAAUGAAAGAGUGUGAAAGCUCGGAAGUGGAGUGUAGUACAUUGCAGCUUUGUGCUGUGAAGCAGAGUGAAACCGCGAAGGAAGAGGAAGGCAUCCUUCCACAGGGGGCGGCGCUGGACGAAGUGCUUAGACUGCAGCAAGCACUGUCGGAUGCUAAAAGUGAAAUAAUGAGACUGAGUCAUUUAAACCAGGAUAAUCUCGCUGAAGACAAUCUGAAACUUACAGUGCGUGUCCAAGUUUUAGAAAAAGAGAAUUCAGUAUUGAGUCAAGAAAAGGAAGAACUUCACAUAUCACUUUUAAAAUUAAACAAUGAAUAUGAAGAAAUUAAAAGUACAACCAUGAGAGACAUGGAUUUGGAUUCAAAAUUACAUGAUUUAAGACUUAAUUUGGAGGCAAAGGAGCAAGAACUCAAUCAGAGUAUUACUGAGAAGGAGACGCUGAUAGCCGAGUUAGAGGAAUUGGAUAAGCAGAACCAAGAAGCUACCCAGCACUUGAUUUUGAUAAAAGAUCAGCUAUCAAAACAGCAAAAUGAGGGAGAUCACAUCAUCAAUAAGCUGAAAAUAGAUCUAAAUAAUGAAAAAAAGAAAGUUUGUCAACUUGAAGAUGAUAAAAUGAACAUUACUAAAGAGUUAGAUGUGCAGAAAGAAAAGUUAAUUCAAAGUGAGCUGGUCCUGAAUGACUUGCGUUUAGCCAAGCAGGAGCUAGAGGGUAAAAUAGAAGAUUUAGGAGAUCAACUAAGUAAAUCACAAAACAAUAAUUUAAAUAUCCAGGAGGAGAACUUUGAACUUAAGGAACAUAUUAAACAAAAGGAGGAGGAACUUUCUAGAGUCAGAUGUGAAUUAACUCAGCCUCUUAAUCAAGACUUUAGCAGUAAUUUUAAGGAUGACCUACUUAAAGAAAGGGACACUGACAUCAGAAAUCUAAAGCAAAAUCUUUCAGAAGUGGAAGAGCUCAAUGACAAUUUAAAGAAAGUUGCUUUUGAUCUCAAAAUGGAAAACGAAAAAUUGGUUUUAGCUUGUGAAGAUUUAAGACAUCAGUUGGAAGAAUCUAUUAUUGGUAACAAUCAGAUUUCUCUAGAAAAAACCACUAUUUUAGAGACUCUAAAAACAGAAAAAGGACAGUUAGAAGCAGAAUUGUGUCGGGCUGAAGAGAAGCUGUUGGAAGCAGCAGACAAGUAUGAGCGGACCCUUGGAGAACUGGCAGAGGCCCGGAACACGAGCGCCUCUGCUUUGCAGCUGGAACACGAGCGCCUAACUAAGCUCAGCCAGGAGAAAGACUUUGAAAUAGCGGAACUCAAAAAGAGUAUUGAGCAGAUAGAUAUUGAUCGUAAGGAGACUAAGAACAUUUUGUCAUCUAGUUUGGAAGAGCGGAAGCAAUUGACACAACUUAUAAACGAGAAAGAAAUUUUUAUUGAAAAACUUAAAGAGAGAAGUUCAGAGCUCCAGGAGGAGUUAGAUAAAUAUACUGAGGCCUUAAGAAAAAGUGAAAACUUGAAGCAAACCAUAGAGGAAAAAGACAGACUUCUCGGAUCCAUGAAAGAAGAAAACAAUCACCUAAAAGAAGAACUGGAACGGCUCCGGGAACAGCAGAGCCGAACCGCCCCUGUGGCUGACCCUAAAACCCUCGACUGUAUUACAGAACUACAAUCUGAGGUGUCUCAGCUGAAUAUAAUAAAGGGUAACCUUGAAGAGGAAAUCAAGCAGCACCAGAAAAUAAUUGAAGAUCAGAACCAGAGCAAAAUGCAGCUACUUCAGUCGUUACAGGAGCAGAAGAAGGAAAUGGACGAGUUUAAAUGCCAGCACGAGCAGAUGAGUGUCACGCACACCCAGCUCUUUCUAGAGAAAGAUGAGGAAAUUAAGACCUUGCAAAAAACAAUUGAAGAAAUCCAAACCCAGUUGCAUGAAGAAAGGCAAGGUAUUCACACAGAGAAUUCUGAUAUUUUUCAAGAAACAAAAGUUCAGAGCCUUAACAUAGAAAAUGGAAGUGAGAAGCAUGAUUUAUCUAAAGCUGAAACGGAAAGGUUAGUGAAAGGAAUAAAAGAACGAGAGCUAGAGAUUAAACUUCUAAAUGAAAAGAAUAUAUCUUUAACUAAACAGAUCGAUCAGCUGUCCAAGGAUGAGGUUGGAAAACUGACUCAGAUUAUCCAGCAGAAGGAUUUGGAGAUACAGGCUCUUCACGCUAGAAUUUCCUCAGCUUCCUACUCCCAGGAUGUUGUUUACCUCCAGCAGCAGGUGCAGGCCUUCGCGGUGGAAAGAGAGCAGGUGCUGGCUGUUUUGAGUGAGAAGACCAGGGAAAACAGCCACCUGAAAACAGAAUACCACAAAGUGAUGGAUGUAGUUGCUGCCAAAGAGGCAGCCCUCGUGAAGCUGCAAGAUGAAAAUAAGAAAUUGUCCACUAACUUUGAAGGUACCGGCCAAGAAAUGUUUCGAGAAACUGUUCAGAAUUUAUCACGUAUCAUUCGAGAAAAAGACAUUGAAAUAGAUGCAUUAAGUCAGAAAUGUCAGACCUUACUGACAGUUUUACAGACGUCCAGCACUAGUGAUGAGGUCGGAGGUGUUAAUAGUAAUCAGUUUGAGGAGCUCCUGCAGGAACGUGAUAAGUUAAAACAACAAGUAAAGAAAAUGGAAGAGUGGAAGCAGCAGGUAAUGACUACGGUACAGAAUAUGCAACAUGAGUCAGCCCAGCUUCAGGAGGAACUCCAUCAGCUGCAGGCACAAGUGUUGGUUGACAGUGAUAAUAAUUCUAAGUUACAAGUGGACUAUACUGGCCUGAUUCAAAGUUAUGAGCAGAAUGAGACCAAACUCAAAAAUUUUGGGCAGGAAUUAGCCCAAGUCCAGCAUAGCAUAGGGCAGCUUUGCAACACCAAAGAUCUUCUUUUAGGAAAACUUGAUAUUAUUUCACCUCAGUUCUCUGCCAGGUCAUCACUUACUCCCCAGUCUGCAGAGUCUCUCAGAAUCGCUAAGUCUGAAACAUUAAGUGAAUCUUCUCAUCAAGAGAUAGAAGAGCUAAGAAAGUUGCUGCAGGAGAAAGAUGCAGCAAUUAGAACCCUCCAGGAAAAUAACCACAGAUUGUCUAAUUCGAUUGCUGCCACCUCAGAGCUGGAAAAAAAAGAGCACGAACAAACGGACUCAGAAAUUAAACAGCUGAGGGAGAAACAAGAUGUUUUGCAAAAGUCACUUAAGGAGAAAGACCUCUUAAUUAAAGCCCAAAGUGAUAAGUUACUUUCUUUAAAUGAAAAUUUCACAAACAAGGUGAAUGAAAACGAACUUUUGAGGCAGGCCGUAACGAACCUGAAGGAGAGAAUAUUAAAUUUAGAAAUGGACAUCUGUAAGUUAAAAGAGGAAAACGAAAAAAUAGUAGAAACAACCAGGGAAAAGGAAACAGAAUAUCAAGCAUUACAAGAGACUAAUAUGAAGUUUUCUAUGAUGCUGCAAGAAAAAGAGUUUGAGUGCCAUUCAAUGAAGGAGAAGGCUCUUGCUUUUGAGCAGCUACUUAAAGAAAAAGAGGGUGAGACUGGGGAGUUGAAUCAGCUUUUAAAUACAGUUAAGUCAAUGCAGGAGAAGACAGUUACAUUUCAGCAGGAGAGAGAUCAAGUCAUGUUGGCCCUGAAGCAGAAGCAGAUGGAAAACACUGCUGUGCAGAAUGAGGUUCAACAUUUACGCGACAAAGAAUUACGCUUAAACCAGGAGCUGGAGAGACUGCGGAACCAUCUUUUAGAAACAGAAGAUUCUUAUACCCGUGAAGCUUUGGCUGCAGAAGAUAGAGAGGCUCAGCUAAGAAAGAAGGUCACAGUGUUGGAGGAAAAGCUGCUUUCAUCUUCCAGCGCCAUGGAAAAUGCAAGCCACCAAGCCAAUUUGCAGGUAGAGUCAUUACAGGAACAAUUGAAUGUAGUCUCCAAGCAAAGGGAUGAAACUGCCCUGCAGCUUUCUGUGUCUCGGGAACAAGUGAAGCAGUAUGCUCUGUCACUCUCCAACCUGCAGAUGGUACUAGAGCAUUUCCAACAAGAGGAAAAAGCCAUGUAUUCUGCUGAACUAGAAAAGCACAGACAGCUUGGAGCUGAAUGGAAGAAAAAGGCAGAAAAUCUGGAAGGAAAAAUGACGUCAUUACAGGAGCGUCUGGAUGAAGCAAAUGCUGCAUUGGAUUCAGCAUCAAGACUCACAGAGCAAUUAGAUUUAAAGGAAGAACAAAUUGAACAACUUAAAAAACAAAAUGAGCUCCAACAAGAAAUGCUGGAUGAUGUACAGAAGAAAUUGAUGAACUUAGUAAACAGCACAGAAGGAAAAGUAGACAAAACCCUGAUGAGAAACCUCUUCAUUGGACAUUUUCACACACCAAAAAACCAGCGUCAUGAAGUGUUACGAUUAAUGGGGAGCGUCCUGGGCAUCAAAAGGGAGGAAAUGGAGCAGUUGUUGAAUGAAGAUCAGGGUGGAGUCACCAGAUGGAUGGCUGGGUGGCUGGGAGGAGGGUCGAAAAGCGUCCCCAACACACCUCUGCGACCAGACCCGCAGUCUGCGUUUAACAGGUCUUUUUCAGAACUAUUCGUUAAAUUUCUAGAAACAGAAUCUCAUCCGUCUAUCCCUCCACCGAAGCUUUCAGUUCAUGAUAUGAAACCCCUAGAUUCCCCAAGGAGGAAAAAACUAGAUACAAAUGCACCAGAAAGUUUUAAAGAUACGACAGAAUCCAGGUCUGGUAGAAGAACAGAUGUGAAUUCGUUCUUGGCUCCCCGCUCUGCAGCUGUGCCUCUUAUUAACCCAGCUGGACUUGGACCUGGUGGGCCUGGGCAUCUUCUUUUGAAACCCAUUUCAGACGUGUUGCCCACAUUCACACCUUUGCCAGUGUCGCCUGACAACAGUGCAGGGGUUGUGUUGAAGGACCUUUUGAAGCAAUAGAUGACUCUCGAGCUUGAGACGACACGCAUAGCACUUUAGAGAAACCACGAACACUAAGUGUGUGUACUUUAUCACAAAGUGGCCUUUUGGAAAAAGUCAUGUAUUUGUUUGCAGUUGUACUUUCUUGAAAUUUAAUAAAAAUAUUCUUAAUGUUUUUAGAAAUUGCAGGUGUCACAGGAGGAAGUGUUUGCUAUAUUGCUGCUUUUGUUCCUUCUCUGAUUUGACCUGAUUUAGGCUAGAAACAUUUGAUUUUUUUAUCUUAACUUACAAAGAUAGGUAAAAUUGUCUUAUCAGCUUUCUAUUUCCUUCUCUGAUUUUCAAGCUCAUUUAAGCUAGUAGAGACAUAUGGCUUGUCUUUUAAAGACAAUCAAGAGAUUUACCAAAAAAAGAAAGAAAAAGCAAAGGAAGAAGGAAAUGGUGGUGACUUAUCUGCAUGGUGCCGAAAAUUGGCCUGAGGAGUGUAUCAGUCAUCGUUAGAGGACCUCGUGCACACAGGCCAAGAACAAGGUUGUCUGGGAGGACAGGUGUCCUGACCUGGAAUGUGUGUGUAUUUGGUUCUAUGCAAUUUCGUCACACGUAUAGACUCGUGUGUCCACCACUACGGUACAGGUACAUCAAGGACCCCUCAGGCCACCCAUUUAUAGUCAUAGCCGCCUCCUUCCCUGGCCCCUCCCUUCACAUCUGGCACCCCUAACUGUUCUCCUAUUUCUAUGAUUUCGUCAUGUCAAGAGUGCUAUAUAAAUGGAAUCAUACAGGAUGUCACUUUUUUGAGACUGACUUUUUCACUCAGUGCAGUGCCCUUGGGCCUGUGCAGAUUGUUCUGUGUAUCGGCAGUUCUCUUUGUUGUCAGGUGCAUACUGUGGACGUAUGAUUGGUUUUAAGAGCUAAGGUAUCUUUUAAACGUAUCAUCUCAAAACUAGUUGUUUUCUUACGCACACACACAACUUUCAUGCAAGUGUCGAAUCGCACAGCUGCACUUGCGGAACUGCAAUGAGCAGUAUCGCGGACCACGGCACCCCCGGCCCUGUCUGAGAUGUCCAAGCGGAAGGUGCGGCAGUCCAGGGGUCGUCCGUUCGCAUCCUUGUGGUCGCUGGGGCUGUGGAAUCACUUCAGCAACACCAGCACCAGGUGUUUGGAAUUUGGAAUAAGGGAGCAUUUCUUUAAUUUUUAUAAGCCUACCAUAAAAAUCCUGACUUGGAACUUAAUCAGGGUGUUCAUGUUUGUAUUAGUUGUUGAAGUUGUACAUUUAAAGACAUUUCUUGCAAAUUUUGUAAGUUUCAAUAUGCCUUUAAAAUGGAAACGUGUAUAACAAGGAGAGGUGAGCAUGAUACUAAUCCAAAUAUGUAAAUAGUCUGGCUCUGGCCAGGGCUAAACUUGAUUAUUUGUAAAUGUUGCUCUGAUUAACUGUAUACUUUCUACUGUAUUUAGAAGAUUGGAAGUCUUUAUGUGUUGAUGGGUAAAACUGGUUUUCCUGAGGAAUUCAGUAACUGAGACACUGCUGCUUCUCAGCGCCCCGUCCCCUUAGCUAACUUAUUACAUUGCCGUUCUUACCUAGUGUACUCUAAUGGGAGGUGUCGUACAGUUGGUUCUAUAUUAGAACUGCCAGGCUGCCUCCCGUCUGUUUUGCUCAUUUCCCUUAUGAAAUUAUUACCCUUGGGUUUUUAGAUGAUUCUUUCAAAGAUACUUUCCCUUGACUGUCCUAAAUUAUUUACCGCUUGCCAUUGAAGUUUCAUUUCAGUGUGGAGCAUCUGAAAUAAAAUUAAUAAGUUAAAAAAAAAAAAAGACAUGACCCUUCAUUUCGGAGAAAUAGAAAAUGCAAAAAAGUUUUCUCUUAAUUUGAAAAUUGAAAUUUAAGUAGUGAGUAUUUAAGUAGUAUGUCAUCAUAUUUUAAAUGCCUUUUAUGACAUUUUAAGUAUUUCCUUCCCUACUCAAAACAGAUUGUCCCCCUUCACCCCAUAGUUUAAUAUAAGUUUGAAAGCUGUUUGGGUGGACAGCAUGACCUUACAUGGCUGCUAUUUAAUUAAGUAUGUGACCUUGAACUGAAACUGUAGUACCUAAUGUUUCAGUGGUAUCAUCAUUGGAACUAUAGCUCACUGGUAUGCAUACCAAGUGUUUGUUGAUCUAAACCAGACAUAACUCAUCUACUUUUCUGAAACUAAGUUGUGUCAGAGAUGAACCAUCUGCUUAAGGAAUCUUCUUAGUAACCAGCCAUACAGUGAUGAAGCAUAUAAUUCUAAUGUCAGCAGUAGGGCACUGCUAACAGUAAUUUACUGCAGUAGUUUAACUACGGUAAUUUUACUGUUUACUUCUCUGCAAACUUACUAGAAUUUGUGGUUGAAUUUUGCUUUAGCUGCCACAGUUUUUCACAACAUUCCUAAUGGUUUUCAACUGCUAAUACUAUAAUAGAAAACCCAGCCAGACAUUGAAUCGAUUUUAGUACAAUUCUGUAUCAUAUGGCUGUUUGAAUUUUAGUUCCUGCCAUUAUUGAUUUAAAAGGGAAAAAAUGGGGAAAAGAAUUUACUUCCUUAAAACAAGUAAAAUAAAAUAUUAAAUAUCCCCUCAAUAAAGCCUCCAGUUUAUUUUAACCUUUUAGUGGUUAAUCGAAAGGGAGAAAAAGAUAACUUAUUUAAUCAGUAGGAGGCAAUUUUAAAUUGUCCUCAGGGACGGGAGCUAUGAGAAUUAUUUAGAAAGCGCUAUUAUGCAUCACACUUUUGAAUUUGAUUUCUAAAGCUAAUGAAAGUAUUAGCUUUCAUAUAUCAAAGUAUUUAAAACGUCUUCCAUCAAAAAAAUUAAUUUUGUAAAUAUCAAGUCAAUUAUACUUGAUAUUUAUUUUAUAUAUUCCUAUGGAAAAAAUAACGGCACUUUUAAUGUUCUGACAUUUGUGAUUAUUUGCCAGUGUUUACUUUUUAACUUAUUAAGGUUUCUGUACUUAAAAUUGAUAAGUUGUCUUGAUUUUUUAGGGAAACAACUAAAUGCGGGAAAUUUACAACCCAACCAUAAUACUGGGUUGUGUUUUAUAGAGCUCAAGUCAAUGCAUUUCUGAAUUUCUCAGGAGCACUGCAAGGCAAAAAAUACUCCAAAUAAAAAUGAUAUAUGUGAGUUGGCAAUGUCUUCAUCCACAAUAAAGAAAGAUUUUUUAGCAAACA